UUGACACUAAUGACAAGACAGGAUAGGGCGAAUUUUGUUUGUCUGGUUGUCGUAAAUUAUUUCUCUCUUUUUGAAAAUAGUCAUAUUAAUUCGUAAUUGUUUUCCAUCACAUUUGGAAUUCGAGUUUCCUUUUUAUGAUAAAGAGAUUAAAAUCCAACAAUCAACAUGGCUGGCCCAAUGGAAAGAAUUCAAGUCUUGGAUGAUAUUGAAAAGGACAUAAUAACCUGCUUGCAGUGUGCAGCUCAAGCACUUUUGGAGCUAAGUAAAGAAAAAUCUGGCCAGAAGCAAGCUGAAACAAAUACAUCCCAAUUUUUAAGAACUUUGAACCAAGUGGAAUCAAAACUGAGUGAUCAAAUCAAUUAUUUGACUCAAGUAUCUACAGGGCAACCUCAUGAGGGAUCUGGGUACGCUUCACAAAAGGUUUUGCAAAUGGCAUGGCAUAGGCUCGAACAUGUCAGAUCUUGGGUAAAUGAACUGGAUCGCUUGAAAGCUUCUCAUUUGGCAGCAGCCAAUAGGAAUACCUCUGGGGGUAUGUCGAAUGGAAAUAUGACAUCAUCUGGGACCAGUACAUGAUAUUAGAUGAUAAAUUAUAAUAAAAUUCUCAUAAAAUCUAGAUUAGCUUAGUUUAACAUGUAUUGUAUUGUAAGAUUGUAAUCUGUAAUGGUGGAUAUUGUAAGCUCAUAAUAUUAAAAGGUGAUUAACCCAACAACAUAAGAAAUAUUUUUCAUUAUUAUAACACUGUUAUGAGAAGCAUAAUAUCGCAAUUGAAACUUCACCUACAGAUGAUGUAAAUAAAAACUUCACAUACCUA